AUCCAGGAACUAAACCGGCUGACUGAAGUCACCCAGCCAGUUCUGCUCAGACAGCUGAGCAGAGAGGAGAGAGGAGGAGCCUGCAGGCCGACAUAAAGAGAACUGACAGAGAGAGAAGAGAGAGAAGAACCUGAGAUAAGUCAUGGCAGAUCCAGCACCUGAAGAGUCCGCUCAGGUCUCCAAACAGAAUCUGUGCACAGUGUGUUCAGGGGCUCUGAGCGGAGACAAACCUGCAGCCUGCGCUCACUCUGUCUGCACCUCCUGCCUCGGGGACAAAAGUAAAGGAUGUCCUGAGUGUCUGAAGAGCCCCGUCAAGUCUGAACCGGAAGCUCCCAAACAGAAUGGCAUCCAGCGCAAAGAGGAGCCCGACUCCAAGACCUCAGAGGAGACCAAAAUCCAGGAGGACCUGAAGGAGUCUGAGGACCCCAAGAAGCCUGAACAGGAGGAGGAGAAGAAAGUGGAGAAAGAGGAAGCAAAGGAGGAGGUGAAAGAAGAGGAGGUGAAGGAGGAGGUGAAAGAAGAGGAGGUGAAGGAGGAGGUGAAAGAAGAGGAGGUGAAGGAAGAGCCGCUGGGCCCCGACGAUGUGGUGUGCGACUCGUGCAUCGAGAGCCCCCGCCGGGCCCUCAAGUCCUGCCUCACCUGCCUGGUGUCGUACUGCGAGGCCCACCUCCGGCCUCACCUGGAGAACACCAAGUUUCAGAACCACCGGCUGGUGGAGCCGCUCCGGGACAUCGAGAGGAGGACGUGCGAGAGCCACAAGUGGCCCCUGGAGCUCUUCUGCUGCGCCGACUUGUGCUGCGUGUGUCAGGACUGUGUGAGCGAGGAGCACCGGGGCCAUAACACGGUGACCGUGGUGGAGGCUCGCCAACGCAUAGAGAAAGAACUCAAAGAGAAGCAGACGGAGAUGGUGAAGACGGUGACAGCAGCAGAGAACGCCAUCAACAGACUGCAACUGAACACCGUCUCUAUUGAGAAUUCAGUGACCGAGGUUCGAGCUGUGAUCGAGAGCCAAUUUGAGGAGCUGCAGGCGGUGAUGGAGAGGGCGAAGCGGGAGGUGACGGAGAUCCUGGAGGGCGAGGAGAAGCAGGCGCUGAGUCAAGCCGAGGGCAUCAAGGUCCACCUGGAGCAGAGGUGCACGGAGCUGAAGAAGACGCAGGCGCAGGUGGAGAAGCUCUCCAAGAACAAGAAUGACGUGGACUUCUUACAGGAGUACUCAGAGUGGAAGAAAGAAAGCACUGAUAUUUCUCUGCCCGGCGUUUACAUCGGCCUGAUGGACCGCCUCACUUCCUUCAGCCGCGUGAUCGUCGACUCCACGCAGGAGAUGUGUGCGAUGCUCGUGUCGUCGUACAUCGAGAAAUUUAAAGAGACGUGCAAGAACGAGGGGAUAAAAACAACAGUUCAUGCGAUCGUCUCGGCAAAGCAGAACAGGAGCAUACCAGAUCCAAAGAAGCACGAGGACUUCCUCAAGU